GCCGGACACAUUUAGACGUCGCACACGCGCUGCACUUCCUGGUUCUUCUCCUGUGUUUGGUGUGUGGUGUUGAUGUUCACCGAUGUAAUCUGUUUUUGAGUGAAACGGUAGUAGUUUUCUUGUGUUUCUUACCUUAAUUAAGAUGCCAUUAUAUUUUACGAUUGAAUAAAUAUAGUAUAUAAUCGACUUCCGGUUGAUUUUCUGUUUUAAUUCAGUCAGUGUUUGUGUUCAGUGUUUCUGGUUUGGCAUGCUGUCAUCAUCACCAGGAUAACAUAACACCUGCUUGUCUGUGACGUUCUGUACGGUUGCCAUUAUGGCUCGCCUGCCUGACGCAUGCCACUGCGGUCCCACUCGCCUGCCACUAUUUGCUGCUGAGGGCACAGCUGGUUUGAUGCCCACUGCUCCAACAUGGAGCACUCAGAUUUGAACCACAAGAACGGGCGGCAAAGGAAGGUUGCGAGUACCAUGCUCCCACCUGAAAACAUGAGGGGCGUGGACAGGAUAGAGAUGAGCUACUCUGAACCGGAGGUAGAAGAGGAAACAGAGGAUCUUAUCAGAGGGUCGGACUCUGAGAACAGGAGGUACAGAGUCCGGCCUGGGAUCCGUGGUGAGCUGGGGAACGUGUUGCUUCUUCUGUUCCUGUAUGUGCUGCAAGGGAUUCCUCUGGGACUGGCUGGAAGCAUCCCUCUGAUCUUACAGAGUAAGAGCGUCAGCUACAAAGACCAAGCCUUCUUCAGUUUUGUGUUCUGGCCGUUUAGUCUUAAGCUUCUCUGGGCGCCGCUGGUGGACGCUCUCUACUGCAGCAGGUUUGGUAGAAGAAAGUCAUGGCUGGUGCCCACACAGUACCUGCUGGGCCUCUUCAUGCUCUACCUUUCUGGGACGGUCAAUUCGGUGCUGCAGAGCGAGGGAGGACCGAAGGUGGUAACACUCACUGCAAUCUUUUUUAUGCUUGCCUUCCUGGCAGCCACACAGGACAUAGCUGUGGAUGGCUGGGCCCUGACUAUGUUAUCCAGAGAGAAUGUGGGAUAUGCUUCGACAUGCAACUCUGUGGGCCAGACAGCUGGAUACUUCCUGGGGAAUGUGCUCUUUCUGGCUCUGGAGUCUGCAGACUUCUGCAACAAAUACCUCAGAGUAGAGCCCAAGGACACAGGCAUCGUCACCUUGUCAGACUUCUUGUUUUUUUGGGGAAUAGUGUUCCUAGUUUCCACAACAUUGGUAGCCAUCAUGAAAAAAGAAAAUGGGGACGGCAAAGGAAAGAGGAGAGUCCAGGAGGAGACGCAGGGCGUCAUGGAAACCUACAAGCUGCUGUUCUCCAUCAUCAAGAUGCCCACAGUCUUCACCUUUUGUGCCCUGCUUCUCACUGCUAAAAUCGGCUUCUCUGCAGCAGACGCAGUGACGGGUCUGAAGCUGGUGGAGGCCGGAGUUCCCAAGGAGCAGCUGGCAUUGCUGGCAGUGCCCAUGGUGCCUCUGCAGAUCCUCCUACCAGUGAUCAUCAGUAAAUACACAGCAGGGCCCCGACCUCUGGAUGUCUUCUACAAGGCCUUUCCUUUCAGGUUGCUCAUAGGACUGGAGUACGCUCUGCUGGUGUGGUGGACCCCCAGUUUAAAACAAGAAGGAGGGUUCCCUCUUUACUACUACGCCAUAGUGCUAGUCAGCUACGCAUUGCAUCAGGUGGCGUUGUACAGUAUGUACGUGGCCUGCAUGGCCUUCCAUGCCAAAGUGAGCGACCCCUUCAUCGGCGGGACCUACAUGACGCUGCUGAACACCGUCACUAACCUCGGUGGGAACUGGCCCUCCACUCUGGCUCUGUGGAUGGUAGAUCCACUGACCUCUAAGGAGUGUCAGGGGGCCGUCGCGCAGAGCUGUGGCUCUCCAGCGGAGGCCGGGCUGUGCGUUAAAGAGGGCGGCGUUUGUGUGACUACGUUGGACGGCUACUACGUGGAGUCAGUGGUAUGUGUUGUGAUUGGUGUAGCCUGGUGGGUGUGGCUGGGGAAGAAGAUGAAGCGGCUGCAGGACCAGAGCCCGGCUGCCUGGAGGUGCAGAGCUAACUAGUGAGGACGCUCUAUCAUCAUCAGUACCACAGACUAUGAAUGGUGGACAUACUGUUAUUCCAUUCUCAUCCGUCUGGUUUAGUCUCUCUGGUCCGGCUCUAGCUGCUACGUUCAGAAAACACACUCCUCCACACCGCUGUCACCAUGAAGUACAUAAAUCCGUCUGACUGUAACUGUAACAGUGCCCUGAAAACUGAAACAACCGGUCAGACUGGCUAAGAAUUUCUUGUUUUUCCAUAUUCAAAACCAUAUCCUGCUGCUUGGAACAGCCUAACCAAACGAGAGCUGGGUCAAAGAGUUUGUUCAAAUAUGUUUCUGGGUUUGUUUUAACCUGCUUGGAUUGCCAGUGUGUUGAGUUUACUAUGUGUGAAGCACAAGUUCAGUUGUUCUGUGCAGUUUGUGCCCCAAAUGUGAGCAAAAAAAUAUCUUGAUAUUUGUGCUCCUAAAAACAUUAGUAAACUCAGCACUUCAGACUCUUGUAUAGCUUCCUGGCCAGUCACCAUUUAAUCUAUAUUAAAAGGAUACUAAAGGGAAAAGGAAAGAAGGAAACUUUACAAAUGCACCCCUCAAAACUGACUGAAUGCAUUUGUGGUGGAGUUAUGACUUCCUAUGGAGUGUCCUGACGCUGGUUAAUCCAAGUAGGUUAAAUCCAAUGUGAAGACUAUCUCUCAUUGUUGUUUGAUUCAGAUCUGAACCAAUGUUUUUUUUUAAAUCAUUAUUUAAAUAUAUAUAUAUAUUUUGUUUUCCUCUGAAGUGAUUUGUGCCUUGUUUAGUGUUUCAAAUUCUUUCAAAGCCAACCUCGUUAGAGUUAAAUAAUCAUUACUAUUACAGUCAUUUGAAGAUGAAGUUGUUAAAACACUGUUUUCUGGUAGUAUACUGUUAGAUUACACAAAACAAUACUGCACACAUUCCUUAUGAAGAAUUUUAUUAUUACCAAUAUCAUCAAGAACUGAACUAUUUAAAAUAUUGAAUGUUUUUUGUUGGAGCAAUCUUUUAUUUUUCCAAAUUUUCAUUUAAUUCUGAUACGUUUUAUCCAUUAUUAUUGUCAUUAUCAUUAUUACGAUAAUUAUUAUUAUUAUUAUUAUUAUUAUAUUAUUAUUAUUAUAGGAACAAUUCAGAUCUUUAAUAGCAAUAUUGGACAGUGCAGCCUCGAACUAUUGGGACCUCUUGGUUAUCAGUAGGGCCGGGUUAGUGCAUUAUUUUUGCUGAGGCAUUUUUAAGUUGCAGGAAGUAAACCUGGCCCUAGUAUUGUAGAUCUCACAGCAUUUUACAGUUUUAUAGAUGCAUUAUUAUUGUAUGUAAAAGGUCAAUAUGCUGUAUACCUACUAUUAAUGCAACAAUUUAUUAAAGGAGUCCUAAUUUAAGACAUUUUAACAUCCAUAUAAAGUCCAGUUUUGCAGUUGGAUCUCUAUAGAUCCCUUCUUAGUGGGACCUUAACACCAGCCUGAGAAGUAAAUACAUACAAUAAAGUGAAUUUCUUUUCCCCACAAACCACUUCAGAUCCCAGACCAGCAUCCUCUGAGAUGAUGUUGUUGUUGUUGUUGUUGCAUAUUGUACAUAGAACUGAAUGUUACAGUAUUUCCUCUAAAGCCAGCAUUGAAACUACUCUGUCAGAUGUAAAUGUUGAAGCACUCAGUCAGGGUUCAUGUUAGACAGCUUCAUUUUUAACACAUUUUGCAUUACUUCUCAUUUCUCAUGCUGAUUUUUUUAUGAACUACAUGUAAAACAGCUCAAACAUUUUUAAGUAACUAUGCUGUUUUUUGGCCAGUGAUUCCUCUGAAAUGCACAGACGUCCCAUAUGUUGCACAUUAAUGUAUCCGUUUAGUUAAAGGCAGGAUCGGUGAUCUUGAGAAACCAGCAAGAGUUCAAUAGAUUUAAAAAAAAUUAUCCAACAAAAAAACCGAGCCCCAGGUAGUCAACUCUUUUCCAAAGAAAGUAGUUAGCAGCACUAGCUCCACAAGUCCCUAAAUCUAGCGAGAAAUUUGGGCCGAAUGAAAUGAUUGGACGGGUUUAUGACAGUCCAGCGACAACCACAGAUACCAGUUUUAUUUGCCAAGUAUACACAUACAAGGAAUUUGAAUCUGUUUUUUAUGCAUAUCUCUAAAUGUACUUAAACAGACGAGGAUUUGAUUUAUUGAUUGCUGUCGGGAUGUAAUGAGAAUUUCAACAAAGAGAAAAUGUUUCUAAAAUCUAAACCAAACCUGCCUUUAACUUCACACUACAUGACUUUACUUUCAUGUUUGUUGGGCCUUUCAUUUGUAUUCAUAGCAGCACAUCACUGUAAUAUGACAACUGUUCUUCCUGAGAGCCUUCUUGCCAUUAACAGGGCACUACGUUUGUGGUUUUGGUUUGUUUUUUGACAAACAUGAUAUUAGAUAGACUGUGUGACUUUUGAUUUCAGCAACAUGUGCAUUUUGUUUUUAUAAUAUUUUAGAUUUCAGAUCACUUUCUGUUACAGUUUAAUCUGUUAAAUUGGGUUCGAGGUUAUGGUAAACAGUUAUUUAAGAUGCAGAAAAUUCAAUGUUUUAAUUGAUCUCACAUAAUCCUUUAUUUAAAGAUUUGUGUUUUUUGAAUGAACAUUUAUGAUUUUUUUUUUUUUUAAUUUGCACAAAUUUUGUU